GGAGGAGCCCGGGCCAGAGGUGCAUCCGCAUCUGGAAAUCCCGGGGCACGCUGGCGGGAGCACCAAGUGAGGCAGGUGAGAAUUCCUGCGGCUGGAUCCAGAGCACUGGAGACGGGGAUUGGGAGCUGCCUUCUGCUGCAGGACUAGAUCUUCAUCAGUUUCCAUCCCUGAUGUUAUGAAGGGAGCCCCACAGAUGUGGAACAAAUCAAGCUACAUGACUUGCUAAAAGAAGAGGAUGAUGUUAUGUUGGGGAUAUUGGUCUUUUGGACUUCCUGGGGCAGGCAGCAGUCUCCAGGCAAUCAUCUCUGAGCCUCAGAGCUGUGGUUUCCUUCAUGAAAGGAAUGUCAAAGAAGUAGCUUGUGGUGGAAACCAUUCUAUUUUCCUGCUGGAGGAUGGGCAAGUCUUUACAUGUGGCUUAAACUCCAAAGGACAACUAGGCCACGAGAGGGAGGGAAACAAGCCAGAGCAAAUUUGCGCUCUAGCAGAUCAGCACAUCAUCCAUGUUGCCUGUGGAGAGGCUCACAGUGUGGCCCUCAGUGACCAAGGCCAGCUCUUUUCCUGGGGCGCAGGGAGUGAUGGCCAGCUAGGACUAACCACGGCUGAAGAUUCAGUGGCUGUCCCCAGGUUAAUCAAGAAGCUGAAUCAAGAGACGAUACUGCAGGUCUCCUGUGGCAAUUGGCACUGCCUUGCUCUUGCAGCUGAUGGACAGUUCUUUGCGUGGGGGCAGAACAACCACGGGCAGCUCGGGCUGGGUAAAGAAUUCCCCUCACAGCCGAGUCCUCAGCGUGUCAAGUCGCUUGAUGGGAUCCCGUUGGCGCAAGUCGCUGCUGGAGGAGCACAUAGCUUUGCCCUGUCUCUCUCGGGAGCUGUGUUCGGUUGGGGGAAGAAUAGCUCAGGACAGCUGGGAUUGAGUGACGAACGAGAUCGGGAGUCCCCAUGCCACGUGAAGCUCUUGCGGUCUCAAAUGGUUGUCUAUAUUAGCUGUGGAAAUGACCACACAGCUGUCCUCACAAAGAGUGGAGGUGUGUUCACCUUUGGGGCUGGUUCCUUUGGGCAACUCGGCCAUGACUGCUUGAAUGAUGAAGUAAACCCCAGAAGGGUUCUGGAGCUAAUGGGCAGUGAGGUGUCCCAAAUCGCUUGUGGUAGGUGA